AUUUGUGCGGAAAAUAAAUCAAAUAGUUCAUUUUCUUUUCUUUAAAUUGGAAAGGAAAAUAAGAGAAAAUUAUAUUAAAUUAUAAUUUUUUUCCUUCCAAAAUUUCUUCUGCGAAAAUAAUUUUCUUUAUUAUUCUUCUUCCUACUAUUUUAUGGAUUUAUGCAAAGACUUUGAAUUUGAUUUGCAAUGAUUUUUGCUGGAAAAGAAGCAGCUUCAUCAUUUAAUCCUUUCUGUUCUUCGCCUACCUCCAUCUCCUCCUCCUCCUCCUCCUCCCCCUCCUACUCCUCUUCUUCUUCUUCUUCUUCUUUACCAGAAUGGAGAUAUGAUGUGUUCCUUAGUUUUAGAGGUCUAGAUACCCGUCAUAACUUUUCUGACCAUUUAUACACUGCUCUAAAGGAAAGAGGUGUUAAGGUAUUUAGGGAUGAUAAGAAACUAGGAAAAGGGAGAAUCAUUACUCGAACAAUCUUUCGAGCAAUCGAAGAAUCAAAGUUUUCAAUCGUUGUUUUUUCAAGAAAUUAUGCUUGCUCUGAAUGGUGCUUGGAUGAACUUGCAAAGAUCAUUGAAUGUAUGAAUGAAAAGGGUCAUGUAGCUUUUCCAAUUUUCUAUCACGUGCCACCUGAUGAUGUGAUGAAUCAAAUAGGCCAUUAUGAGGAAGCUUUUCUUUGCCAUCAAAGACUCUUCAAGAAGCAGAGGGUGCAGAGGUGGAGGAUUGCUUUGACUGAAAUUGCUGGUAUAUCAGGAUGGGAUGUCCAAAAUUAUAGAUCUGAUUCGAAAUUAAUAAAAAGCAUUGUUAGGAAGAUAUCAUGGAAUUUGAGAUGCACAUCCCCAAGUACUGGCAAGCAGUUGGUUCCAUUAAGUUCCACAAUAAAGGAAAUUAAUCUUUAUUUAUACGAGGGGUUAGAUAAAACCUACAUAGUGAGAAUUUGUGGGAUGGAUGGAAUGAGCAGUACAACUAUUGGAAGAGUUGUUUAUGAUGCAGUCAUCAGGCAGAAAUGGGAAUUGUUUCGUUUUCAAGAACUUGUUUCUGAAAUGCCAAGGGAGUGUAGUAGAAACAUAUGGGAUGCUGAUAGAGUAAUAAAUGUGAUAAGGAGUAAGCGGCAACAUAAAAAAGUACUUGUUCUUCUUGAUGACCUGGAUAAUCUAGAAUUGGUGGCAUCCUUACUUAGAAAGCAUGGCUGGUUCAUUCAGGGAAGCAGAAUUGUUAUAUCAGCUAGAACUCCUAACAAAACGAUAUUGAAUGUACUUGAUAUAAGAUUUGGUGAACCACAAGGUAGGGAGAAUUUAUUUGAUGCAAGUUUUAACAAAGCAGAAAAGGCAAAUAACAGCAUGUUCUUAGAUAUUGCAUGUUUCUUGAAGGAGAUGGAUGAUGAUCAUAUAACAAGAAUAGUUCAAUCGCUGGUCAGUGGUGAUCUGCAGGCAAAGAGCGGAACGAAAUUUCUCAUCAGUAAAUCUUUGAUAGAUAUUUCUGAUAAUGAGUAUCUAUUGCCUCUGCAAGAUCUAAGUAAGAAAUAUUUUUCUCAAAAAAACCUGGAAGAGACUAGAAGCCACGAGAAGUUUUGGGAUAUGGCAGGCAUUCACAGAUUGAUAAGGUUUGACGGUGCAUCGAGCCAAUCUAAUGGGAAGACUGAAAAUGAACCAAUGAAGGGCUUAAGCACUGACAAAUUUAAGAUUCAGCACCAAAACUUAGUUGGAAAUGGUGUUUCUGGAAAGGAUACAAGUUCUCUGCAUAACCUUGCAAGAGAACCAGUUAAAGAAAGGGAAAAUGCAGCUUGUGUUGUGCCAUUGGAAUUGAGAAGUAGUGGCAUAUCAGAAGCUAGUGUGCAGCAGCUAAAUGGCAAUCAGAGCUUCGUUUCCAGGAAGAUGUAGUGAAUGCAGUGGCACUUAAGGCUAAUGGCAAUGCUGUGACUAAAUCAUUGUUAAUAUCAAAAGAAAUCUCGAAUCAGAAUCAGAGGUUAAAGAUUACUAAUGGCAUGAGCAAUUCAAGGAAAAGGAGGAAUGCUGUGGAGACAAUUUUUUCGCCAUUGUCACCAGAAACUAUUUUUUAUGAUACAAAUGAAGAAAAAAAUGUUGCCUCAUCUGAUAAUUUUGAGAUGAAAGAGCAUGGCAGUGGAUUACCUCGUAAUAUUGAAUUCAUUAAUCAGAGGCAAAGCGCUGCAACUUUGCCAGACUCACAGAUUGUCUUUGGAGGUCAGCAGUUGAGGUUUUUCAUGCCUGAAAGCACAAAAGGUAAGAACAUUGUUAGAAUUCCUAAAGCUGUAGUUGAAGAGGGAAUUAAAAAGUGGGAUCAAUGUCUUGUGGGGCAAUUUCUUGGGCAAAGUGCAGAUAUCAGUGUAAUGCUCAAUAUGGCAAAUGGAUUGUGGGGAAAAGAAGGAAGAAUAGAAGUAACCAAAACAGAAAAUGAGCUUUACAUCUUUAAAUUUCCAAAUGAAAGAACAAGAGACUUUGUGCUGGAAUCUGGACCUUGGUAUAUGGCAAAUAAUCCUUUGGUGAUGAGAAGGUGGCAACCUAAGAUGAAACUAUUGGAACUCGAUAAAUCAAAGAUCCCUGUUUGGAUCAAACUUAUGGGGAUCCCUAUGGAGUAUAUGACUAUGCAAGGGCUGAGUUAUAUAGCUAGUGCUGUUGGGAAACCUUUGUACGUAGACAGGGCAACUGCUAGCAUGUCUACAAUUGCUUUUGCAAAAGUAUGUGUGGAGAUAAGCAUAGAAGACAAGAUUAUGGAAGAUAUAUCAGUUAUGGAUGAUGAUGGUGAGGAGCUGCUUGUAAGAGUGGAGUACCUCUGGAUGCCUGAAAAGUGCAUUGCCUGCAGAGAGUUUGGACAUUCAAUAAGCACAUGUACACGCUUUAAGAAUUUGAUUGGAAAAUCUGAUUACUUCCUGUGAGGGAAUAUGGUGUCAAUCUGUAUGUGGAACAGAGAUGGAUUCCAAAACUGUUUGUGCUUCAAGCUCAAGAUCACAGAACUACUAAUGUCAACUGAACAAUGUGAAAUAUGAAGAAGAAAAAGAGUCUGUUGAAGAAGAAUGAGGAAAAAAGCUGUAAUCUUUUUCCAGUGUUCAAGAAGAAGAUGCAGGAUAUAUCUGCAGAAGAAUUUUUGAUAAUCAGAGAGGGUUGAAAUAAGUGGCCUGAUGAUGUAUUUGCUAUUUAAUUGUGAACAUCAGUGGGUCAAAUUUCAUGUGAUAGGCAUUGAGAGACUAGUAAAUUUAUACAAUCACUAUUAGAAUCUCUUCUGCUGCCAUUGUGAAGGGCUGGUGAGAAAUUUAAAAGCUAAAUUUUGACAGCGGCUAUAUAACAAUUAGGCUGCAAUCACAGCCAUUUUUGCCCCCA